AUGUCAGACUCUAUCCUCAACUUGGCAAGAGAAGCAGGUGAUCACUUACAACGUGAUGAGAGGGGGCGUGGUUAUCGUGGGCCCGUGGCUUUAGGGCAGAGGUUCCGUUGGACCGGUAUUCUUCUCUCGCCCCAUAUGUCCCCUCUUUCUAGUGAUUUGGCAACUCUAUGCUCUACUGGUUUACGAGGCGCAGUGUGGGAGGGAGUGGAGAAGGAGCAAAGAACAUGA